AUGAGUAGCCAAGACAAGGACGAGCGAGAGGAGAAACCUUUGUUUCGCACGCUCACGCCGAACGACCAGACAGACCGCUUGCAGUAUCGUUCUAUAGCCAUAGCGGCGGCCCCACCGGCAUUCGGCAUGAUGGGACCACGCAACCCGCUCGAGCAGAUGGGCACUGCAUUCCCUGGACCCAUGGGGUUUAACAUAGCCUCUAAAAAGUCUGCGGGUGUCAGCAAGAUGCCCGAGGCCGCGACUGCGCCGCCCUCGUUUGGCACUCGUGUGGACCGCACCAAGUACGUGAACGUGACGCCACGCAAUUUGCCGCCCGCUCCGUUCCGUCUCGAGUUGCACACGCAUUUCCACGUGAAGCUUGAGUCUACACAGCGCGUGUGCGGCAUCGUGGGAAUUAAACUUUGCGAGCUGGACACGGACUUUGAGUUUAAGGCUGACAAAUGCAAGUGGAAGAUUGAGUACCGCCGCAACGCGCAGCGUGUGAGUUUGAACAUUGUCAUCUUCAAGACCAGUAAGGACGAGUACGUCCUUGAGGUGCAGCGUCGUGAGGGCGACAUCACAGCGCUCAUGUACCUCUACCACGAGCUGAAGAACAUGUUUCGACGCAGCCAGCUGCUUAGUGACAAGACCUCUACAACCAACGGCGUGAAGCGUGCGGCCACGAAACCGCUGCCCAAGCUUCCUCUUUCCUCGAAGAGUAUUCAGGACGGCGUCUCGGCACUUAAGGGUCUGCUUGAGAGCAAGUAUGAAGAUGCACAGAUGCAGGGUGUACUGGGAGCUAUUACCAUGUCAACUCGUGAGGAGACGCGAGCAGGAAUGGCAGGACUUGUGCCUCAGCUCGUGCUACUAGGCCAGCACCACAACUCAAAUGUGGCGCGGUUAGUGAGCGUCGCGCUCUCACGGCUCUGCGAUCACCCGCAGUGUCGUCAAGCAUUUAUUCAUUCCGACGGCUGGCAGUUUAUUGUGGACUGUGCUGCCGGCGGCUCCAAUGUGAAGCCAGAGGUACAGCGAGAGAGUCUCCAUGUGGUAGAGACACUGUGUCCGCUUUAUCAUGACGAGCUAAUCAAGUCUGAAAGCGCCGGGCGCGUACUGAAGCUUGUGCAGGAGUGGCAGAAGAUCGAGGACCCGCGUCUGAAGAAGCACGCGUGUAAUGCGCACCGCGCGCUAAAAGAGGCUGGUGUCCUCGCCUAA